CCAAUCUCAACAUUUAUCCAAAAUCAUGAACAACUUACUAAUAUUUCUUGUUUUGCUUCUGGUUCCCCUUAGAAGUGCAGGCAAAGGUUUUGCUGACAUUCUUGAGGACUUACAAGUACAAGAAGGUGAUGAAUUUGAGCUCUUAGACUGGCCAUCUUGGGAAAGUGCGCGUGGGAACAAGGUUCUUGUAAAUGUGGAUGCAUUUGGUGCUGUUGGAGAUGGGGUGUCUGAUGAUACUCAGGCCUUUGUCAAUGCAUGGAAACAAGCUUGUUCCAUCCCAAAAUCAGUUCUCUUGGUUCCCCAAGGGCGUCGUUAUUUAGUCAAUGCGACAAGAUUUAAAGGCCCUUGUGCAGACAAGUUGGUAAUCCAGAUUGAAGGGACUAUUGUAGCGCCUGAUGAGCCAAAAGAUUGGGAUCCCAAGAGCAUGCGGAGUUGGCUUAGUUUUUACAAUUUAACAAAGGCCCUUUUCCAAGGGAAUGGUGUUAUCGAUGGCUCAGGCCAGAAAUGGUGGGCAGCAUCUUGCAAGAAGAACAAAUCCAAUCCGUGCAAAGGAGCCCCAUCGGCGGUAACCAUAGAUUCGAGCUCAGCUGUAAGAGUGAAAGGCCUCACAUUUCAAAACAGCCAACAGAUGAACUUUGUCAUUGCCCGGUCCAAUUCAGUUCGUGUGAUGGAUGUUAAAGUCUCAGCACCAGAGGACAGUCCCAAUACUGAUGGGAUCCAUAUCACUGAUUCGACAAAUGUUGUUCUUCAGAACUGCAAAAUUGGAACAGGUGAUGACUGCAUCUCAAUUGUUAAUGGUAGCUCUAGUAUCAAGAUGAAGAACAUCUACUGUGGACCAGGCCAUGGAAUCAGCAUAGGUAGCCUUGGAAAGGACAACUCCACCGGCAUAGUUGAGAAGGUUGUACUGGAUAAAGCAUUCCUUAGAGGUACUACCAAUGGCCUCAGAAUCAAGACUUGGCAGGGAGGAUCUGGCUAUGUGAGGGCAGUACGCUAUCAAGACGUAAGGAUGGAUGAUGUCUCCAACCCAAUUAUCAUAGACCAAUUCUAUUGUGAUUCCCCAAAAACUUGUCAAAAUCAGACUUCAGCUGUGGAAAUAAGCCAGAUCAUGUACCGGAACAUAACUGGGACUUCAAAAAGCGAAAAGGCCAUGAAAUUUGCAUGCAGUGACACUGUGCCCUGUACCCACAUAAUUCUCAACAAUAUCAACUUACAGAGGAGUGAUGGCACUGUGGAGACGUUCUGCAACUCUGCUGUGGGCAUCGGUUAUGGUUAUGUUCAACCUUCAGCAGAGUGUCUAUCAUCUUCUGACAAGGAUAUAAUUAUCAUACAGAAAAAAGAAGAAGAAAUUGCUCAAAGUAGCACGGAACAUCUCAUCCACACAGAGCUCUGAACUGAGCCAGCCUCUCCUUAUAAGGUUACUUGUGUAUUAGCAGUAGAUUAGUAUGAGAUGAUAUUGCUUUUUGGAGCCCAUACUAAUAUUCUGGUCUGAGUGAUUAUAGCAUAUAGUUAUUUAAAAGGAUAUGUCAUAUAGUUUCCAUACUAAAGAAGGGACAAAACAUACAUAUUGUGAAGAACUUGAAAGAAUUUCAUGUAAUAUCUCUUUAUAAAAAGAGUUGGUGCAGUGGUAUGAGAUUGAUUGAUUUUAA